AUGGCUUACAUCAAGAUCGCUUUAUUAGCUGCUAUCGCUGCUUUGGCUUCUGCCCAAACUCAGGAAGAAAUUGACGAAUUGAACGUUAUUUUGAAUGACGUUAAGUCCAACUUGCAAGAAUAUAUUAGUUUGGCUGAAGAUUCUUCAUCUGGAUUUUCCUUAAGCAGUCUGCCAUCUGGUGUUUUAGACAUCGGUUUAGCUUUGGCUUCCGCCACUGAUGACUCCUACACUACUUUGUACUCUGAGGUUGACUUUGCUGCUGUUAGCAAGAUGUUGACCAUGGUUCCAUGGUAUUCUUCCAGGCUUCUACCAGAAUUGGAAUCCUUGUUAGGAACUUCUACCACCGCUGCCUCUUCUACUGAAGCUUCUUCUGCUGCUACUUCUUCCGCUGUUGCUUCCUCCAGUGAAACUACUUCUUCUGCCGUCGCUUCCUCCAGUGAAGCUACUUCUUCUGCCGUCGCUUCUUCCAGUGAAGCUUCUUCUUCUGCUGCUACUUCUUCUGCUGUCGCUUCUUCCAGUGAGGCUACCUCUUCCACCGUCGCUUCCUCUACCAAGGCUGCCUCUUCCACUAAGGCUUCUUCCUCUGCUGUUUCUUCAGCUGUUGCUUCUUCCACCAAAGCCUCCGCCAUUUCUCAAAUCAGUGAUGGUCAAGUUCAAGCCACUAGCACUGUUUCCGAACAAACUGAAAACGGUGCUGCCAAGGCUGUCAUCGGUAUGGGUGCUGGUGUCAUGGCCGCUGCCGCCAUGUUAUUAUAA